AUGAUUGAGAUCACCGUGAACGACCGAUUAGGAAAGAAAGUUCGAAUCAAAUGCAAUCCUAACGAUACAAUUGGUGAUUUAAAGAAACUUAUCGCUGCACAGACCGGUACACGGUAUGAGAAAAUAGUGCUAAAGAAGUGGUAUACAAUUUAUAAGGACCAUAUAACACUGCAGGAUUACGAAAUACACGAUGGUUUCAAUUUUGAAUUAUACUAUCAAUGA